AUGUCUUGCCCCACGUUCGACUUCAGCGACCCGUCCAAGGCUCGCAAAACGAUGCAGCGCUUUGCAGCGCACCUCAAGGCCGCGGUGAACGCGUCGCCUGCCGACCUUCUGGACCUCACCAAGAAAGUGGGGAAGAUUCUGUACGACAACUGCGACGCGAUUGUCGCUGCUGCAAGAGGUGGCGCGCUAAUGCCGAGGAUCGUCGGAUACGCGUACGAGGAGUACAUCGGCCAGCUCGACUUCUUCCUGGCCAACAUCAAGGAGGACGACGACCGCGAGUUGACGUCAAUUCCGCAGGAGUUGGUCGCCGAUCUUCCCGUUCCCCAGAUCAUGGUGGACUCUUUGGCUGGGUGGUGGGAUAAGUUUGAGAUUCCCGACGACGGAAGUAGUCAAGACACUGCGCACGCGCAGGACGGAGACAACGAGGCGGCUCAGGACCCACAGCCCGGACCGAGCACAGGAAGCAAACGGCGGCGUGCGGAGUCAACCGCGCCGAAGAAGAAGGUCUCGGAGACCGACAACGACCUGGCGAAGCCACCCCCUCCAAAGCGGUCGAGGGUUGAGGCCAAGGGCAAGAAAGCGGACUCGCCCGCUCAGGUCUCUGACGGUGGGGAGCCCGAGGUGGAUGUCCCCGAGCCGAAGACACGAGCAUCGAGGCCGCCAGCGAAGAGCAGGAGCUCGUCGGCAGCGGCCGGGAAGAAGGACGCUCCUCCCGAGCCUAAGAAAAAGGUCCUCCGGAGGACCCCUGCUCAAACCAAGACGGCACCGACCAAGACGGCACCGACCAAGACGGCCCCGAUCAAGACGGCCGCGACCAAGACGGCCGCGACCAAGACGGCACCUCCGCCGGCGAAGUCGAAGGCCAAGACCCCGGCGUCGGCGAUGAAGAGCCAAGCGUCUGCCUCCGGAUCCGCGGGAACGAGCAAAAAGAAGACUGCUACGUUCGUGGACAACACGGACGAUGAGGACUCAGAUGCAAAGGAUGAGGAUAAUCUGGAGGACGAGAUCUCGCCGCUGCCCUGCGUCGCUUGCAAAAAGACGGGGCGAGAUUGCAAGUACACGCCGGUGGAAGACGAGAAGGGCGCGAAGAUGAUCCACCCGGCGCGAUGCGACACAUGCGGUCCCCCGUUCAACGCGUCCUGCUCGCUCGUCCCCUUCAACCUUAUCACCGGCAAGGGAUAUCGAAGCUCCACGUCCUCCACGAUGGGAGCGAGGUUCCGCAAGUUCGCGGCCAAGCUGAUCAAGGACGGCAAAGCGCCACCACCUCGGGCGCUAUAUAACCCAACCCGCGACCAGUUCGUUCAAGACCUUGCGACGCUGGACGGUUGGGAGGGGAAGAUCUGCCCGAAGGCGAAGGCGCUCCAAGCGGCCGCGAAGGCCAAGGGGCCCAAAUACCUGCUCGAUGCGGAUGUCAAGGUUCCGGCCGAGAAGGCCGAGAAGAAGGCAAGCCGCUCGAAGAAAGGCAAGGGUAAAGCGAAGGCUGCCGCGUCAAGCGAGGAUGAGGACGAGGAGGUCGACGACGAGGAGGAGGACGAGGAGGAGGAGGAGGAGGAGGAGGAAGAAGCGCUGGCAGUCUUCACCCCCCCCCGCGAGGACGAGGAGUACCACGCCGAGGAGGAGAAGGACCAGCUUGUCGAGGAGCAGGACGAACUCGCGGGGGAUGUGGAUUGGCUUCAACCGGCGGGACACCAGCAGACAGCGACGGACGACGAGCAAACUGUCGACCAUCCGAUGGAGGAAGUCCACCAGCGUAUGAUGGCUGAAGCCGCGCUGGGCGAGGGCAAUGCCAUGGACGUUGAUCCGUCCAGCAAGGCCGAGGAAGACGCGUCCAGGCGGAGCUCCGCGCGCAUCAAGGGCAAACAGCGUCAAUCCGUUGCCCAGCCCGCCCCUGAAGCGGCUCCCGCCUCGCGGGCAAUUCCAAGUACAGUGAGAGUGUACGACAGGGAGGACUCGGAACUCGAGCUCGUACGCAUGCCUGAGCGUCCCGGACCUUCGUCGAGCACCCCGGCCUCGUUCCGCCCAGCCUCCUUGGGUCCACUGGAGGCGCUGAAGCUCGUGGAGGCUACACCGUACUUCACAGACGAUCGGGACGCCCAGCUCCGCGCCAUCGACGAAAACCUCAGGGUGGCUUGGGAUCUCAGGCCCAAGAUGGGCGCGCUGGGUGUGAGCUGGGAAAAACUCACGAAGGCAGUCGAGGGCGAGCGAAUCAUGCGUACUCGGGCAGAGCUGGCAAUCGACCAGCUGGUGCGGGCGUCGAACAAGAAGAACGUGGCUAUCCGGGCCUUGCACCACCGGGUCGAGACGCUUCAGGAGCAGCUCGAGGACGUCACCCGGGAGCAUCAGGACCAAAUUGCGUCGCUUGAGGCCAAGGUCGACGACCUCGUCACUUCGAGAAGCGAGUUUGAACAGGCCAGCGCAGGCUACGUGCACAGCGCGGUGGACAGGGCGGUCCGGCAGGUCAGGAUGGAGGGAAACGUGCUGCAUGCGGGCUGGCAGGCAGCAUUGCAAGGCGUGGCGAUGCAGCAGAACGACCUGAGGGAGCUCGUCGCGCAGGUACGCGCUCCCGUCCCCGCCAGCCAGCCUCGGAUCAAUCGAGCUGUCGGUGAGCCUGCGGUCGUUAUGACCAGCCAGCCCAAGACGGUGGACUCACAGCCGGAGCCGGCCUCGGAGUCCGCACCCAACAACGUGCUGGGGACCCCAGCGGACUCGGGUGAAGCUGUUCCUGGAUCAUCGACUCUGGGCGAAGCGCCCCAAGGAGACGACCGCGAGAUGGAUGUGGACUCGGCGCCGAACACGAUCGAAAACGUCUAG